CUUGCUAUAGUAUUAGGUUAGCUUUUUGAUCCUAUAAAAACUCAUCUGAAGGUUUGUUUAGUUAUCAUCAAAUUAAUCAAAAUGGCAAGUUCAAUAGUAGGAGGGGGAAACAAAUACAGAGACUACUUGAGUGAUGAAGAGCUCAAAAACACAAAAUGGAGAAAUGGACCUCCUAGUUAUGAUGUUGUUGAUAAGCUCUUUGAACAAGAAAGAACUCAUGUGUGUUUCUCUUUUCAGAUUAAAAUUUUUCAAAAUUCUUCUUGCGAAUACAUCACUCUCCUCUCGUUGAUACAUCUCCAUCCCCCUCUCAGAUAUAAACUCUCCCCUCUCAUCUCAGAUACAUCUCUCCCCCCCUAUGUAUCUGAAUGUCCUAUCCUCUCUGAUACAUCCAUUUUUUCUCAAGUAUGGGCUGAAGGAUCAGUUGAAGAUGAAGUACAAAGGCUAUUGAAGACUUGGGAAAUGGAAUUAGUUCACAAAAUAGAUCCUAAUGAGAUGAAAUCUGUUGAUCCAACAAAGUUCAAGAAGAGUGUCAAUGGAAGGGAAGGGUUAACACCGGAAGAAGCUAUAAAGCUUGGUGGUGGUUACAACACAUUCCUACAAACUUCAUUGCCAGAAAAUCUAAGAGUCUAUAAUCCUGAGGAUGAAACAUUUGAAUCAUCACAAAAUGUAUUUAGAUCAAUAUUUAUACGUGGAUUCGCGAUCGAAGUCCUUCAUGUUUAUUCAGGACCACCAGAAAUUGUGUACAAGUUUAGGCAUUGGGGUUACAUGGAUGGUCCAUUUAAAGGAUAUGUUGCAACUGGACAACUUGUUGAGCUCUUUGGAAUUGGCAUUUUUGAAUUGGAGAAAGAGAGUAACAAGAUUGUUAAGGCAGAGUUCUUUUUUGAUAGAGGAGAAUUGCUUGGGCCACUUAUGAAAGGAGGAAAAAAUGGUGAAUCCACAAGUGAGAAGGCAUUAUUGGAGGCUUCAAAAUGCCCUUUCAUGAAAUAAAAUAAUAAUCUACUAGCAACAACUUGAAAUAAGUUUAUGGUUAUGUUCAAGUUUUUAAUAGAAAUAGGUGCAAAAAGUGUAAUUUCCCUUUGAAGUUUAUUAAUGUUUCUUCGACCGUCAAAUUUUUAUUAGAGAAUGUUUUAUUGUAAAAAUCAGAUUAUGGUGGAGUUACUAUAUCAAAAA